CAGUUCAUCUCAUCACCUUCAUAUCCAUCACUACAAAAAUGGGACUCAAGCUUCAUGGCCUUGCUCUCUCAACAUGCACUGCUCGUGUCACCACCGCCAUUUACGAGAAAGGGCAGGAAUUCGAGCUCAUCCCUGUUAACCUUACCACCGGAGAACACAAGCAGUCAGGUUUCCUUGCCAAAAAUCCCUUUGGUCAAAUUCCAGCCCUAGAGGAUGGUGAUCUCACUCUUUUUGAGUCUAGAGCCAUUGCAUCAUAUGUUGCCGAAAAGUACAAGGACUCUGGUUCUGAUCUCAUCAGGCACAACAACCUCAAGGAAGCUGCACUUGUCAAGGUGUGGUCGGAGGUGGAGGCUCAGACCUUCCACCCGGUAAUCUCCACCAUUGUCCACCAGCAUCUCAUUCUCCCAUUGUUUGGACAGCAGCCAGACCAAGCAGUGAUCGAUGCAAACCUGGAGAAGCUCAAGAACAUCCUCAAUGUCUAUGACGCGAGGUUGAAGAGCAGCAAGUACUUGGCAGGAGAUUUCUUCAGCAUCGCGGAUCUUAACCACUUUCCCUACCUUUUCUACUUCAUGAGGAGCCCUUGGACUUCGGUGGUGAAUGAUCGUCCUCAUGUGAAAGCCUGGUGGGAGGACAUUUCUUCAAGGCCAAGCUUCAAGAAAGUAGCUGAGGGAAUGGCCUUAGGUCAGAAGUAGGAGUUCUACCUUAGCUAUAGCUAGCCAGCUACAAGAAUAAGAUUUACCUAAAAAUAUUCUGAUGGUUUUUUUCCUGGGGUUUCGGUUUGAUUUGGUUGUUUUGUUGGUGUCGUUUGGAUUGUUUCUCAUCCUUAUUUGUUUCUCAUCUUUAUAGUUUCAUGAAUAACAAUGUUCUAGCCUACAAUGCGUCUAAUCCAAACCCCGCGAAUAAUACUUAUAGAUUGUUCUUCACUUCUUUGCAAGGGCACCCCAGCUCUUUUGAUGAAAUUGUGAUCCAGCGUCCCGAAACAUGAAUAAUUUCC